GUUCAAACGUCACCUUUGCACCCAGACAAGUGCAAACAGCUCUCAGCUUUCUCCUCGCUUCCGGAAAGCUGCCACAAACAACCGCAGAGUCUGUGAUUGCCUUCGCCAUGGAGGUUUUCAGCUGGCUGCUGGUGCUAUCCAUCAUCCUCUACUAUUUCUGGAAGCGUGGACGUCCCAAAGAAUUACCUCCAGGACCACGACCUCUCCCGUUCUUUGGCAAUGUGUUUCAACUGGGUUUUCGAAAUCCCUUGACGUACUUGCAAAAGUUAACUAAACAAUAUGGACCUGUCUUCAGUUUGUAUGCUGGGAGAAAACCUAUAAUUUUUAUUCAAGAUUGGAGACUCGCAAAAGAAGUUCUGUUGACUAAAGGAAUCGAAUUUGCUGGGAGGCAAAACAAUCCAAUUAUUGAUCUUAUCCAGAAGAAAAAAGGAAUAAUCAUGGCGCCCUAUGGCCAGGCCUGGAAGGAACAGCGGAGGUUUUCUCUGAUGGUUCUCCGGAAUUUUGGGCUGGGCAAGAAGUCGAUGGAGGAGAGAAUCCUGGCGGAAGCGGCGCAUUUGAUUCAAGCAUUUACGGAAAACAUGAUUAACUUUUCCAAUCUUCAAUUUCCCAAUGAACAAAAGCCAGAAAAGAAAGGGUUGAGUUUUGACGAUGAGAACUUGCUCAUCGUUGUGUCUGAUCUAUUCAUCGCUGGGUCAGAAACGACCGCAAGAACUCUCCAGUGGGGAUUGCUCUACAUGAUGGCCUAUCCAGAGAUCCAAGAGAAAUGCCAGCAGGAAAUGGAUGCUGUUCUUGGGAACAAUGCAUGCUUGAAAUAUGAAGAUCGGGAAAGGUUGCCUUACACAAAUGCCGUCAUUCAUGAAAUCCUCCGUUUUUCAAGUGUGGUGCCCUUGGGGGUAGAACAUGCCCCAAUCAAAGACAUGAUGCUUUCUGGAUAUGUAAUUCCCAAGGCCCAAGGGUUUGCUUAGGGGAGAAUCUGGCUCGGAUGGAGUUGUUCCUGUUCUUCACCAGCAUGCUGAGAAACUUCCAGAUCUCCUGGCCGGAUGAGUCAAGUGCGCCGGAUUGCGCACCCCAGUUUGGUGUCACUCUGUCUCCAUUGCCUUUUAAGGUGUCACUGAAGCAGCGCCAGCAAAAAUGAAUCAAGCAGGACGCUCGAAUCCAGAGGGAAGUGUUUCCAAGCCCCCAUCCCACCGAUGCUGAUAAACAUGUAUUGUAAAAGAAGACUAUUUUAAUAGCAAUCUCUGUCCAUGA